AACAGCAUUCUUUGCUGUUGAUGUGAGAGGGAGCUAGCUGUGCUCACCGUCGAAUCGCAGGGUUUAGGGCUGCUGGGCUCCCCCUCUCCUCCUGAGCUCUCAGACACCUCUCUCCCUUAAAGGCACAGCUCUGGGGGAGGCUCCCAAACUGGACUGGGGUACAUGUGCAGGACCAUGAGCAUUUCACACAGCUAUUGAGGACCAGGAGGAGAUCCUUAAAACAGCUCAGUUUUUUAGGCUUGUGUUCACCUCCAUGGCUUCCAAACUUUUGCGAGCUGUCAUUCUUGGUCCCCCAGGAUCUGGCAAAGGGACGGUUUGCCAGAGGAUUGCCAAAAACUUUGGGCUUCUGCAUCUCUCCAGCGGUGUCUUCUUGAGACAAAAUAUCCGAUCAAACACUGAUGUUGGAGUCUUGGCCAAGCAAUAUCUAGAACAAGGGCAGCUUGUUCCGGACCAUCUAAUUACCCGUGUCAUGCUGACCGAAUUAGAAAAAAUGAAAAAUCAACAUUGGCUGCUAGAUGGGUUUCCCCGGACUCUGGCACAAGCUGAAGCUAUAAAUAAAAUCUGUGACAUUGACCUUGUGAUUAGUUUAAAUAUCCCAUUUGAGACCCUCAAAGAUCGUCUAAACACAAGAUGGAUUCAUCGUCCCAGCGGACGAGUCUACAACCUGGAAUUCAAUCCGCCCCUUGUGCAUGGGAUCGAUGAUGUAACUGGGGAAAAGCUCAUUCAACACGAGGACGACAAACCUGACGCUGUGGUAUCUCGGCUUCGUCAGUACAAAGACGUUGCGAAACCAGUUAUAGAAUUAUAUAAGAGUAGAGGCGUCCUGCAUACCUUUUCAGGCACUGAAACAAACAAGAUCUGGCCGUACAUCUACACGCUCCUCGGUACAAAAAUAACCCCCGUGCACCCGGAGGAUACAAGUCAAGCGUUCCGCGCUGAGGAGCAAUAAGGAACAUGGUUACCUAUUGAUCUAUAUUUGUGCUGUAUCCACGUGGUGCUAUGUUCUAGUUUUACCAAAUAUAGAUAUAUUGCCUUUUUUAUUUUCUUUAGUAGCUUUAAGCACCCGUGUCUGAUUUGGUUUAACAUGAGGUCAGUGUUUUGCAAACCAACAAACUUCUUGUCUGACAUAUUUUGAAAAUUAUUUUGCUCUUUUUAUUUUUUUGGACAGAGUUUUAAAUUUAAAAGAUAUCUAUAAGCGACUUGUUAAUAGUAUCCUUUGCUAUAUGUGAUCUUAAGAGACGUUUUGCUGUAUUAUAUUGUGAGCAAUGUAUCUCUUUAUUUUUUUAAAUAUACAAAAUGAUAUAACUUUAUUGCCCCAAAAAUGCCAAAGGACAUGGAAUCAGAAUGGAGUUUUGUUUGAUUGAAUAACUACAUUGUCUGUGUCAUUCGUUAUACUGAGGUUCCUGUGGUCAAAGGUACCCACCGCCCCUCCUCAGGUACCCAUGGAUAACCAACGGCUGGUAAAUCAUAAUACGAGUUUUAGUUCUCCCGUAGCCUGUUGGUAAUCGUUCUCUGCAUAUGCAUUGUCUGUAAUAACCCCAAAGGUGCCCCUUUUCCCGGCACAAAGAUAGCAUUCUGCACUUGCAUUAUUAUAUAUAUUAUUAUUAUUAUUAUAAAAGAAAAGUAUGAGAUUAAUAAAACAGAGGCUUGCAGCUGCUCUGUCUUAAUCAAGCUCUGAUAUUUCACGGUGUGUGUACUCCCCGUCAUUAAACGGUGUGCCCUGUAGCACAUGUACAUAUGUAAAGCAGAGUGAAUCACUGCGGAACAGAAUUUUUAAAGUGACGCUGUCACCUAAAUUUCUUUGUUCUGUUUCUGCACUUUAAAAACUCCUCUUACCGUGUAUUGAUAUUUUUUAUCUGUUUAGCAAUUUGUUUGUAUGUUUUGUCAUUUAAUAAAACCACAUAAAAUAUUUCUAAAUUACCUUUGACAUGCUGUACACAAGGUGGGUCUCCUGCAUCAUAAGGUACCUUAAACACUAAUUUUUUUUUAUUCCUUGUACUUUGGUGUGCUGGAAACUAAUCCGCCUAAUUAGAACAAAAUCCUAGGUUUUAAUUGGCUGCUCUCAUAACAUUCUCUCAUGUUAUUUCUUAAUAAAUGUUUUCAGCGUUUAAACAAUUGUGAUCAAUUCAAGAUGGCGGCCUCCAUGCUCACGAAACAUCAUACAUGGAACUUUGGUUAUAGCUAAAUUAAUUUACUGUAUAGUGGUUACAUUAAACUGACUGAUGCAAAGAACAUUUUGGGUGGCAAGGCAACUUUAAAAAUAUACUUGUAUACUUAUCUAGAACAACUGUUUGUGGAAUGGCUGGAAUGACCAGUGGAGUAAAAUAAAGUACAUUAAAAUAA